GUUUCGCCUGCCACCCACUGGCACGUUUCCCCCAGGCGGUGUCCCCUGAAGAGCGCAUCGGUGGGGGCCACGGGUGCGCUGUGGGCUGCAUUGUUCCAGUGCCAGCCACCGUCAACAACUCGAUCGCGGUCAGAGUAUAAAAACCAAGCACACGGCUGCUACUGCUACUACACAUAAUUAAUUGUUUGCAAAAUUCUCCCCGCAUUUCCUUUAACCACUCAUUUUUAAUCAACCAAAAAUCAUGAAGCUGGCUCUUCUUGGUUCGCUAACCCUCGCUGGCUCCGCGCUCGCCAACUUGGACGCCGCCGCCAUCAUCAAGCAAAUCGCCCCCAACAGCGUCUCCUGCGCCGGCGCAACACCCGAUUGUCGAACAGCUAACCAAGUAGCGCCCCAUGCUGUCCACUCCAUGUCCCAUUAUGGACUCUACUCGCCCAAGGAGAUGGCGGCCGUGCUGGCCCUCAUGGCAUUCGAGUCGGCAGACUUCAAGUACAAGCACAACGUGUAUCCAGGGCGCCCUGGUCAAGGCACAGCCAAUAUGCAAAUGCCAAGCUUCAAUCUCAAGUAUGCCCAAUCGAUUCCGGCUGUCAAGGGCAAAGUGGCGGGCAUCGGCUCGGCAGAUGGCCUGCCUGCGGCCAAGCUCAAUGAAAUUCUGGCCCUCGUCACGCCCGACGAGUACAACUUUGGCAGCGGCCCUUGGUUCCUGGCUACCCAGUGUCCGGGGGCCGUGCGAGAUGCCCUCAAGGGAAAUGUCGACGAGGGGUUCAAGCAGUACAUGGCGUGUGUGGGUGUUGCCGUGACGUCAGAGAGGUUGGCGUACUUUAACAGAGCGAAGCAGGCGUUUCACCUGUGACGAGAAGCAAGCAAGCAAGCAGGCUGAAUGGAAAGAUUAGAUGGGCCCAUUACGAUCGUUACGAAACAUAUUUUUUUUCCUUUGUUUUUUUAUGAUUUGUAUCUUUUAUGAAAUCGCUCAGCGAAUGUGGUCUGAUGCUGGGUAUAUCAUGCCAUAUUACUUACUUGGUAUACGACACACAAACACAAACACAAAGUCUAUAAUUGAUUAGCAAAAUCUAAUUAUAUUACAAAUUGCGUGAAUUUCUACACCGUUUAAAAAGGAAAUGAAACAGC